CUGAACUCAUGGAGUUGUGGACAAUGACCUACGUUUCCUACCACAUCCAGCAGUGAGCCGGGCUUUCAACAGCUGCCUCUGAACACCACUCUCCCCAGAGACUGGAAGACGCUAAUAUCAGGUCCAGAAAUUCCAGAAAUGCCCUUGGUGUGUUUGACAGACUUUCAGGCUUAUGCCCAGAAGCAUCUGUCUAAGUCAACUUGGGAUUAUAUUGAAGGAGGAGCUGAUGAAUGUUUCACCCGGGAUGACAACAUCACAGCAUUUAAAAAAAUCCGCCUCCGUCCCCGGUACCUGAAGGAUGUGCAAGAGGUGGACACCCGGACCACAGUCCAAGGGGAGGAGAUUACUGCCCCCAUUUGCAUCUCACCCACAGGUUUCCACUGCCUUGUCUGGCCAGAUGGAGAAAUGAGCACAGCCAGAGCUGCCCAAGCAGCUGGGAUCUGCUACAUCACCAGCACCUAUGCCAGCUGUGCCCUUGAAGACAUUGUUGCUACUGCUCCCAGGGGCCUCAGGUGGUUCCAACUCUAUAUGCAGUCAGACAAGCAGCUCAACAAACAGCUGGUCCAGAAAGUUGAAUCCCUGGGUUUCAAAGCUCUGGUCAUCACUGUGGAUGUACCCAAACUUGGCAACAGGAGACAGGACAUUCAAAACCAACUGGACUUAAAGAUGAACUUAUUGCUGAAAGACCUUCGCUCACCUAAAGAGAGAAAUCCAAUGCCUUAUUUCCAGAUGUUUCCCAUUGAUGCAUCCUUCUGCUGGAACGAUCUCUCCUGGCUUCAGAGCAUAACUCGAUUGCCCAUCAUCCUUAAAGGGAUCUUGACAAAAGAGGAUGCAGAGUUAGCUGUGAAGCACAAUGUCCAUGGCAUCAUUGUUUCCAACCAUGGUGGGAGGCAGCUUGAUGAUGUUCUUGCGUCUAUUGAUGCCUUGGCAGAAGUGGUGGCUGCUGUGAAAGGGAAAAUGGAAGUAUACCUGGAUGGUGGUAUCCGAACUGGCAAUGACGUGCUCAAGGCUCUGGCCCUUGGGGCUAAGUGUGUGUUUCUGGGGAGACCAAUCCUCUGGGGUCUUGCCUAUAAGCAGGGUGAAUAUGGCGUUGAGGAAGUUUUGAACAUUAUAAAAAAUGAGUUCCACACUUCCAUGGCCCUGACAGGUUGCCGGUCGGUUGCUGAGAUCAAUCAGGACUUGAUCCAGUUCUCCAGGUUGUAAAGAAAGAGGGCUAAUGACCAGACUGCUGAGGUUGCCCACAGGAGGAAGACAAACUCAUAGCAUGGUGUGUGAUGCCUCCUGCCUUGGCUCUGUCCUAUCCAGAGGCUCAUCCCCGGACCUUCCACCACUCCAUACCUUGUGCUUCAGGCCCUCCAAACGCCUCCUUUUCCUCAAAUUUGAUAUGCUCCUUUUUGCCUAUAACUGCUUUUUAUAUGCACUUGCUUGAAUUCCUCCUCGGAAAGAAUUGUUAAAAAGGUGGAACAAUAAUGACUGAAAUAGAUAGUGAAUUAAUUUUUUUUGCAUAUCAGUAUCUCUAUGAACCAAACUAUGGGGAUUUACACUCUGCAUAGAAGAGCUACAUGUAUGAGAUAUUAUCCCACCAAAAUAACACUCCUAUCUGUAGAUAACAGAGAAAUAAUAUAGUUAAAAACAUGGACUUUGGAGCAUACAGACAUGGUUUAACAGUCAGGGCGGGUACUGACAAGUUGUGCAAUGGGAACAUUUUUCAACCUCUCUGUAAAUGGGAAUGAUACUACCUAGCCUGUUAGGUUGAGAGAAAGACUAAGUGAGAUAAUGUGUGUAAAAUUUAAAGUAUAUUGCUUAGCACCCAGUAAAAGUUUAAGAAAAAGUA